CACCGGGACCUACUUUCCCAAACAAGACCCGGAGCGCGGUGGCGGUCACAUGAUCUCCACGGAUGACCUGGAGUACCCACGCGAGUACCGGAGCCUGGGCAAUGGCGCACGCCGCUUCUCCAACGUGGGCCUCGUGCACACAUCCGAGCACCGGCACACGGUGAUGGCGGCUCAGAGCCUGGAGGCACUCAGCAAUCUGCACAAAGCCGAGCUGGAGCGCAAACGCGACGCCUUCAUGGACCACCUGAAGAACAAGUACCCGCCUCAGCACUCCCUCCCUCCAUCACCGUCUCCAUCCCAUGGGAGCAUGAGGGGAAGUUCGGAGAGGAGCGCACGAGAACAGCAACAACCAAACUACUGGAGUUUUAAGAGUCGAAGUCCACGGCAUUCCCAGUCCACUCAGUCUGGUUUGGCCGAUCAGGCAUCCAAACUGUCCUACGCCUCAGCUGAGUCUCUGGAGACCAUGUCUGAGGCCGACAUACCAAUUGGUUUUAAUCGCAUGAACCGGUUCCGCCAGAGCCUGCCGCUGUCCCGUUCUGCCAGCCAGAAUAAACUGCGCUCUCCAGGAGUGCUGUUCCUGCAGUUUGGCGAUGAGACGAGACGCGUCCACAUCACCCAUGAGUUGAGCAGUAUGGAGACUCUACACGCCCUCAUUGUGCACAUGUUCCCCCAGAAGCUAACAGCUAGCAUGCUCAAAUCCCCCAACACAGCCAUCCUGAUCAAGGACGAGGCACGUAACGUUUUCUACGAACUGGAGGACGUCCGGGACAUUCAGGACCGCAGCAUCAUUAAGAUUUACCGCAAAGAGCCAGUCUACGGUUCCUAUACAGCAGCUGCGCACCUGGCCAAUGGCGACCUGCGGAGAGAGAUGGUCUAUGCUUCACGUGAAUCAUCACCCACUCGCCGCCUAAACACCCUGCCCUCCUCCGGGUCCUCCCCUUCCUCUCCUGCCCGUUCCCGUCUUUCCUACAGCGGCGGUCGACCUCCCUCAUUCUCCGGCUCUCAGCACGGACAACACGGACACCACGGGUCUCCGGCUCACGGCCCGGGAGGAGGCAUGACGGCGUCUCCGUCAGCCAUCCUCGAACGCCGCGACGUCAAACCCGACGAGGAAGUCGCCGCAAAGAACGCGCUCCUGAAGAACGAGAGUCUCUACGCAGACCCGUACAGCCUGGUUCCUGAUGGACAUCGGCUAAGCAUCGCGUCCAUGGGAGAGCCGCUGGGCAUGCCGGGACCGGGUGGGCUCUACCGUCGCGGUUCUGUGCGCUCUCUGAGCACGUAUUCAGCCGUGGCUUUGCAGGGCGACCUGGAUGACCCGCUCUAUAAGCCAGGCGCACCGCUGUACCCUGACACGUACUCCGCUUUGGGCACGGGCUUCAGGCUGUCGUCUUCGUCCUCUCCUCAGAAGAUGUCCGACUCAUACUCGGGGACGCUGAGCCGUGGCUCGCCUGUCAGACAGAGCUUCAGGAAGGAUUCGUCCUCGUCCGUGUUUGUGGACAGUCCAAAGUCAAGGCCGAGCUCAAGUUCAGAACCAUUGGGUGGCGAGACGGGCAGGGUGAUUUCCGGCUUCGGGAACGAGACUAACACGAGCAGAGAUCGUAUGGAAGCAAUGGAGAAACAGAUAGCGAGCCUCACAGGCUUGGUACAAAGCGUCCUUACUAGAGCACCGGACAGCGACAGCACAUGCGGCCUGCUGCGGCUCUGCAUGAUGGCGGGUUGCCCUCGGGACCCAGGGACCGACUUCUCACGGCCCUUCCCUUUCUCUUCCAGCGAGAAGACGGAGUCCACCAGCGACGGCUCGGGCACAGGAACUGGCCGGCUGAAGAGGAAAGCUCUGACCCCGUCGGCCCCGCUGGCCCUGAUGCCUCCUCCGCCUGCGAGCCCACACACCUCCACCGUGUCUAAACUCCAGAUGCAGCUUCACCUACACGAGCUCAAACAGAACGCCACUGACCUUCGCAAGCAGCUCGCCCAGCUCCGCAAGAUGCAGCUGCAGAACCAGGAAUCAGUGCGCUCUCUUGUGAAGCGGACGGAGGCGGAGCUGAGUGUGCGAGUGUGUGACGCUCUGAGGAAGCAGGAGGAUCCUCUUCAGAGACAGCGCCUCCUGGUGGAGGAGGAGAGACUCAAGUACCUGAACGAGGAGGAGCUGAUCAUCCAGCAGCUGCAUGAUCUGGAGAAAUCAGUGGACGAGAUCCAGAAGGAGAGCUCAGUGAAUCACAGACACGUCACAGUGCAGGAGCUGGAGGAGAAGAGCACGGUGCUGAGGAGACUGGGAGAGACCCUCACUGAGCUCAAGAAUCAGUUCCCAGGGCUUCAGAGUAAAAUGCGUGUGGUGUUGAGGGUGGAGGUGGAGGCUGUAAAGUUCCUGAAGGAGGAGCCACACAGACUGGACGCGCUGCUCAAACGCUGCAAGACCAUCACUGAUACCCUCACCCUGCUCAAGAGGCAGGUGAACGAGGGCGUUAGGAAGAACAUGGAGGAGUUCUGUAACCCGUCUCUGAAACACAGCACUGCAGACGACUACAGGAAGAACGCAGACUUCGAGAUUCCCACCAGCCCACCGCUCAACCUCAACGAGACCACGCUGGCUAACUGGAGCCCUCAUGGCCACGCCCAUCCCCACGGCAACCCGUCGCCAGGGCAGCUGAAGGGGCGGGGCCUGGAGGAGCUGGGGGGCAGAGGAGGGGCUGAUAAAACCUCAUCUGUGGAAGUCAGACUGGCAGCUGAAAGGGACUGGGAGGAAAAGCGAGCCAGUCUCACCCAGUACAGCGCUCAGGACAUUAACCGACUCCUGGAGGAAACCCAGGCCGAGCUCAUGAAAGCGAUCCCGGAUCUGGACUUUGCUGCUAAACAGAUCAAACCAGUGCAGAACCAACACCAAAACCAGAACCAGAACAUUAACCAGUGCGACUCUCUGUCAAGCCCCAAUGCCACACCCGAGCACAAACCCAACAAACCUCAGCAUCCCACACACAAGAUCUCAAGCAAGGAAGCCAGCUCCAGGCGGGGAUCGGACGAGCUCCUGGUGCCGCGGUACCGCACAGAGAAGCCGUCCAAAUCGCCCCCACCUCCACCUCCCCGAAGGAGCUUCCCCACCUCUCCGGGUCUCACCACACGCAGCGGGGAGGUCAUCUCCUCCGCUAAGACCAUGAAGAAAUCAGAAUCAGAGGAAACUGAGAUUCAGAAACCGCACGUGAAGUUGAGGAGGAGUGUUUCCGAAGCUCCUCGGCCUGCCUCGACGCCCCCGAACGUAGCAGGUGGAGAGAGAGAGGACGGAGAAGUCGAGCAGGCAGCUGCUGAACUGGAGCAGUUCACGCCGUUGCAGAAAAGUCUCCACCAACCAAACCCUGACACACUGCCUCCGGAUAAACCUUCCUCUUCAUACGUCCCUCAGAAGGUCCUGACCGGAUGUCCAGCUUCAUCAAUGAAACCAACCACGGCGCAGGUUUCCAACUUGGCCAAACCAACCCAGAGCCCUGAAGGUCUUAGUUACAGUAGCUACAUUGUCAAGAGUCCACGUCUGUCACUAUGGAAACGUGAUCCAUCCACCAAUCAAGCACAAUCUCACAUAUCAGAUUUGGACAGGACGAUAAAGGAGCUUGAGCAAGGCAGGAUUACCGAAUCACCUUCGCCUUUAACAGUAAAGAAACCAGCGAGGUUAGUGAAAACCGAGCUGAGGAUCCAGGAAUCAUUUGAGAUCGACGAUGAGACAGAAACAAACAAAGGAGAUGGAGUCCAAUCCCAGGUCCAGGAGCGCAAGGAGGACAUUAGACGCAGCACCUAUAAGCGGCUGGACAAUCUGGAAGAGACCAUCCGCGAGCUGGAGCUCAGCCUGGUUGAUUUUGGGCCUCCGUAUUUUGAGAUUCCAGAUUCCAAGACAUCCACCAGCAUUGCUCCUGCGAGUGUAUCAGGAACCAAGAGCGUACAAAGAGGAGAGAUCCAGAGACCUCCAGUUCCACCUAAACCCUCCAUAAGUAUCGGCACUGCCAAGAACGGUGGUGGGAAGGCGAUAUCUCGUCUAAAGCACCUCCAGCAGAGCGGCCUGGACAAGAACAAAGUGGGCAAACAGAGAGAAGACUUCCUCAAGAGCCAGGGACAGCAGCAGUGAGAAGAAACGCAACUUGUUCUGACCUGAACCCACCUCCCUCUGUCCUCUUCAUCAUCCUCCUUGGAGUCUCCUCGGCCAUGUGUACACCUCUCUUAGUAUCCCAUUUCCUAGAUGUGAGAUGUGUAUGUGAGAAAAAUAGGAUCCCUGACCAAAACCCUACCUAUGAGCAUGUGGGGUUGAUCGAUUACAGUGAGCAACCAACAAAGCAACCCCAAUCUAACCUAAUUACUUCAUAAAGAAACUUCAUUUUCUUCUCUCUUUCUGUCUUCUCUGCUCUGCAUUUUGCCACCUGGAGUUGUUUCUGCUCCCAAGCAGCCGGGCUGCUAGCUUCUCUGGAUGUCUACCUACUGGGCAUUGUAAUAACAACCAGGAGGAUCCAUUCUCUUCCACCGCGCAGACCAAAGCCCUGUUGGCCACCCUUUCAUCCGAGGCCCUCCUGCUUGCCACCACCCUCAAGCAUCGCCGGCUCCUCCGAGAACAGAGCACCAACUCUUCGAAACCUACCCCUUCACUCUCCAAAAGUCAUUCUUCAUCCUCUUCAACCUCCUCCUCCUUAGCCACAACUCCUUCCCCUGUGUCCGCUGGCUCAUCCCAUGACCCGAACCUGUUGAUUGGCAACGCUACACUAAACAAGAAGAAAGGAAAUGAUGUUGCACCCCAGUUUGUUCCAGCUAACAACCACGAGUAAGGUACUGGUUUGAGGAAGAACUAAAGAACAAUAGAAACACCUUGUAUUCAUAAAGUUUGAAAACUUAUUAGUCAUGUAGAAUCCAGCCCAGUAACUUGGCUAAACCUUUGAGGAGUCUGGAAGAAUGAUGCAGGCUACAGCCCACACACAGCCUACCAUCUCUCACUCAUUAUGGGUUUAUUCUUCUCCCAUCUGGAUACUUCAGAACCCUAACCGUACUGCCAGUUUCGCUCAGAUGGGGUUGGAUCCCCUCCAUGUUCCAGCCUGGCUCUCCGUCACGCCAAUGGGCCAGCAAAAUACCACCCACGUAUGGCCAGAGAAAGGACUCUGUACCCUAAACACAGCCAUCCAUCUGCAAAGUAUCACCUUUCACAGACCUAGUGGUGUGGUAGAUUUUUUUUUUAUCAAGUGUAAUUAGACUGUGAACAUGCGUGAUCGAAGGUAGAGUUGCAAUAAUCCCAAAGUGAGUACAAAAGUAGUCAAUGUUUUCAAAAUUUUUAUCAUCUUAAUAUUAAAUAUGGCAGAAUGUGAGGGGGGGGAAAGAACACCACAACAAAACUGUAUCAUCAACAUGUUUAGUUCUGGGAGGGUUCCUCUGGGAGGGUAAUAACAGAACAGGUAAAAUACUGAACAAUGAUUAUGCUAUGAUGAGGCUCUUUUAGGAAGUAUGUCUUUUUUACUUUAGUUGGAGGAAACUAACCGUUGAGGAAGAUUUUAAAAGUAAUCAGUUACACCUUAAGAACCGUUGGUCUACCUUUGAACCGACAUGUGCAUUCUUGCUAGUUUGGUGAACGCAAGUAAGCGAAACUGGUGCUAUCGUCUUUUUUAAGUAAUGGAAAUAUCAAUAUGUAAAAGGAAAAUAGUGUUUAUAUGGCUAAUUUCAAUAUUUCUUCAAAUUUGGCACAAAGUUACAAGUGCAACAGAUGGAUUCUGGGAUGUAAGUUGUUUUCAGAGUAAGGAGGUUGAGAAAGUUGCAGUUGGUGUCGUUGCUUUAGAAGAGCUGCCCGAAUGUCGAAAGCUUAUGUGAGGCACAUUAAUCCAUGACAGAGGUGUAGAUGUAGACCCGCCGUAAAAGCACAACCAGCAAAAUCUAAAGAGAUAUUUUUGACAACCAUACUUUUUUUUUCAAGGCAUGAAAUACAAUGAUUGUGUCUGACAAUCAGCACAAGAUCGGCACAAUUUGUUUUACCCUUGGGCACUGCCACGAUGCACAAUGUGAAGGUAUGUUUUUUUAAUAUAUAUAGAAGGAUGUAGAAAAGAAAAGCAAAUAGAUUUGGUGGAGGUUUUGCCAUCCUUACAAUCACACUGGACUAUAGAUUCAAAAGUUAUUCUCAUAUUCAAGCACUUGGUUCAGACUAAGUUGAUCGAAGCAAUCGGAAGAAAUCGGGUCAGUCCAUUGGGUCAACUUGUUCCUGCUUCUCGUCACUCAUUCAUCCAGUGUUUGGUUUGGAUUGGUGUAGCGUUUAGAGAAUUUGUCCGGAUCAACCUCAGAGAUUCUAAUGAGCAGAAAACAUAAAAGGCUCAAAAUGCAGCCAAUGUUUAGGAAUUUUGUCCAACUGAGCGUCAAAACAGGGUUUGGUAGAAGCAAGGAAAAAAAAUUGGAACAUUCUGUUCGUUAGGAUCCACUCUGCUGUUAAUCUCAGGACUCAGUAACUCUUAAAUCUGAGAAAGGAGGUGGUGUCAUGGACAUGGUUUUCAGUCUUGCUUUCAAAGAAGUUAAUAGAAAGAAAAGUAGAGUGUUAAGAGAAUACGCUUUUUCUUUCUAGCUGUUUGACGUAACGAGUGUUGGAAAUUGAUUUGUCUCGGGGCGAAGAUGAAAACAAUGGCCUGCGAGUUGGGCCCGUGAGAGCAGCAGGCUGCCGGAGGAGAGAUUAGCACACGUGUUUGAGUGUGUUGGUUAUUUUUUUUUUUUGGUGAAAAAACCACAGCUUUGGAAGAAUUUCCGUUCCACAAGAGAAAUCAACUUAAUUACAGGAAACAAAUCUGGCUCUUCUGGCUUCAGUUCAGCCUGGCAGUAGGCGAACGCCUUUGCCAUUUUUUCUGGGAAAGAAGCGAGAAACAAAGCUCUGCUCCGUGUGCAGCUUUUUCUUGAGGGAGCGAAAGAGCUCUUGAUGUGUGGCCUUUAGAGAGCCUGACAGGAUGAAUUGAACCAACUGCAUGAUUGGCAGGUGGCUUUUAUGUCAUCUUUAAAGGCACCGGGUGAUUUUGCUUCUUCACUGCCAGGCUUCGAACAAAGAAAACGCCAAAGACAUCCAUCCGCCCGCAGCAGAUCCAAAUCAGAGAGAACCUAGGUCGAUUUAUGAUUUUUUUUUUUUUUUUUUUUUGCAUUCAAAGUGUAGGCUUUUGGUUUGCUAGUUUUAUAUUGUUUUGCAUCAAUGACGUUCUCUAAAAAGACCCUAGGAGUAAAACCGUAAAUCAAUCAGAAUGCUCACAGAACGAGGAUCAAUAUGUAACAUUUAUCUGGAAUGAAUAUAAGUCAGUUUGAUCCACAAAGCAUCAUAAUUCAGAAUGCUGUACUUGAAGCUUGGCGAUUUCCAUAAGUGUAGCUCUGUCCAUUACUGUCUGUCACCUCAACACACACACACACACCGUGUAGCACUAACGCUUAAGGUGUUAGCACCUUUAAAUCAUGGAGAGCCGAAGGAGGUCUCAAAUCCCUAAAUUCCAGACAACUAGAGAGAAAGGAAAAAAAAAAUCAUGUUUAAGGAUAUCACAAUUUGCAUUAUGAUAUCUGUGAUUAGCUUUAGCUUUAGCUCGUAAUGAAUGUAAUAUGUAUUAUGUGUGUUUUUGG